AUGCAGAAACACAUUGCCAAGGGUUACGUGAGACGCGUGGACCCGGAUGAGAUAGCCAAAGACGGCAACGACCAGUGGUACCUACCCCAUUUCCCGGUAGUACGCUCAGAUAAAUCCACGUCAAAAGUGAGAAUAGUAUUUGACGGUGCAGCCCGCUGGGAUGGACACUCCAUCAACGAUGAGAUGUUUACAGGUCCUGCACUUCAAAACGACAUGACCAGCGUGUUGAUCCGAUUCUCUUUGGAACCAGUUGCGCUUGUUGGUGAUGUGUCGGAGAUGUUCCUCCAAGUCAAACUGGCGGAACGUGACCAGCGCUAUCAUCGCUUUCUGUGGUAUGAUGACAAUGGCCAAGUGCAGGUGUAUCAGUUCACCCGUGUGCUCUUCGGCGCUAAGGCGUCACCGUAUCUGGCAGGACGAGCGGUGAAAGAGGUCAUCAAGCACCACGGUGAUGAGUACGACUCUGACGUCGUGCAGUGCCUAAGCAAAGACCUCUACGUUGACGACAUGCUGUCAUCACUACCAUCCACACAGCGUGCCAUCCAGGCCAGAGAGCAAACGCAGCAGCUACUUGCCAAGGGCGGUUUUCACAUGCGAAAAUGGCUGUCGAACAAAGCUGAAGUGAUGAACACCAUACCAGAGGAAGAUAGGUCACCUGAUGUUGUCCGAGAUGUGGACAGUGACACCAGCCUCCCAACUGUCAAGACUCUCGGCGUCAGUUGGAACGCCGAGAAGGAUGCCUUCACCUUCCAGCAUCAAAUGAAGGACAUCACGACAUUCACCCGACGCUCUGUGUUGCGCGGCCUGGCCUCCAUAUUCGAUCCGCGUGGCCUGAUCUCGCCAUACGUCAUCACGGCUAAGGUACUCCUGCAGGAUGCCUGGUUGCUGGGACAGGGAUGGGACGACCUGCUGCCAAAGGAACAAGUCGUCAAGUGGCAGGGUUGGUUCCAAGGCCUCCCAGACCUGAGUAACCUGGAGAUCAGCCGCUGUUUCAAGGAUCCACAACAGCCAUCCGAAGACGCCAGUCUUUCCGUGCACUGCUUCUCCGACGCCUCAGAUCGGGCGAUAGCAGCCGCUGUGUAUGUCAGAGCCAGCUACCCAGACGGUACCACCCGAAUAACGCUAGCGAUGUCGAAAGCGAAGCCGGCACCAGUGAGGCGACAGACGAUCCCGCAGCUUGAACUGAGAGCAGCUGUGCUUGGCGUUCGCGUUAGUCAUCUCGUCGCUGAAUCCAUCGGUAUCCCAGUGUCAGCUCACACAUUUUGGACGGACUCGAUGAACGUCUUGGGCUGGGUCCAAAGCCACAGCCGGCGCUACAAAGUGGACAUUGGCAACCGAAUCUCUGAGCUCCAGACCUCAACGAGAGCACACCAGUGGCGACAUGUUCCCCGAAAGAACAACCCUGCAGACAAAGGUACUCGUGGUUUGUCUGCUGCAUUACUGUGCCGUGACGCAGUGUGGUGGUCCGGUCCACAGUUUCUUCGCCAGCAGCCAGAUGAGUGGCCUCAGAUGAAGGAAGUCAGCACAUCCUCGCUGCCUGGUCAGCUCAAGACGGCGCUAGUUGCAGUCGUCCCUCCACCCUCCGAGAUCCUGGGUCGCUUUAGCACAUGGUCGCGACUGGUACGCGUGACAGCAUGGUGCAAGCGAUUUGUGGCAAACUGUCGGCAGGCAGUCAGUGACAGCAAGUCCACGAAGGGGGAUGCCGCAUCGGACAGCCAGUCCAGCACGCCAGUGAGAAUGCCAGUACAGCUUGGCGGCACCCGCUCCAUCAGUGUUCCAGUUCUCAGCACUGACGAAGUAUCAGUAGCAGAGCGGCACUGGAUUGCAACUGCCCAGAAGGAUUGCCAUGGUACAGCAUACCAUCGUCUACAGUCUAGGCAACCGAUGUUGAAAUCGGACCCUCUGGCACCUCUCUGUCCCCAGUUCGAUAGUGCAACAGAGUCACCCCUGAUGACGGUAGGAGGUCGAUUGCAAGCUACAAAGAACAUGCCAAGUGGCGUACGCCACCCAGUCAUCCUACCAGCAAAGCACCGAGUAACCCAGCUGAUAAUCGAACAGGAAGAUCAUCGGUGCUUCCAUGCAGUUGGGCCACAGCAUCUUCUGGCCAAUCUGCGACAACGCUACUGGAUUGUUCACGGAACAUCGACAGUCAAGGCCGUUCGAAGCAACUGCGUUACUUGCCGUAAGAACCGUGCGGAGCCAGCGUCCCAGAUGAUGGGCCAGAUUCCAGACUUCCGAGUUGCAGGCCCGUUGAAACCGUUCAGACGUACAGGAGUUGAUUACGCGGGUCCCUUCCUGACCAAGCAGGGCCGAGGUAAGACGCAGGCUAAGCGGUACCUGUGCCUGUUCACUUGCCUUGAGACUCGUGCCUGUCACCUAGAGGUAUCCUAUGGCCUUUCCACUGAGUCAUUCCUGUUAGCAUUUGAGAGAUUCACAAAGCGCCGUGGUGUCCCGCUUGAAAUGGUCAGCGACAACGGGACCAACUUCACUGCCGCGGAGCGAGAACUCCGUGAGGCCGUCCGGGCCAUGGACAAGGAGAAGAUCGAGAAGAGACUGGUCAGUGAUGGCGUGCGAUGGCGCUUCAACCCACCUAGAGCACCACAUUUCGGCGGCGUAUUCGAAUCCCUCAUCAAGACGGCUAAGCGCGGACUCACAGCAGUACUUGGGAAAGCGGACGUCACAGAUGAAGAGUUAGUGACUGCCAUGUGCCAGGUUGAGGGCAUGAUGAACUCGCGCCCGCUGACAGUUGUAAGUGCCGAUGCAGCUGAUUUGCAGCCUCUAACACCAGCACAUUUCCUCGUCGGACGACUCGACCCACCAAUGGCUCUGGAAGUGAAAGCAGACGAGCACCCCUGCAGAGACCCACGCAAACGUUGGUUGUAUGUUCAGCGGCUUGUAGCAGACGUGUGGAACAGGUGGCGAGAUGAGUAUGUUCCCUUGUUGAAUGUCCGUCGUAAGUGGCAACGUCAAGGUCGCAAUGUAGCCGUAGGUGACAUCAUGCUGUGUCUUACAUCAAACACUCCCCGUGGAACAUGGCCCAUGGGUAGAGUCACAGCAGUGCAUCCUGGUGCAGACAAGCUCGUCCGAGUAGUGGAUAUUAAGAUCGACGACAAGAUCUACCGACGGUCUAUCCACCAUCUAGUACCUAUUCUGGACACCGAGUAG